GCCGAUUGGUCGGGACCGGGCGAUGCGGAUUCCGUGGAGCGGCAAGCCGAAGGGAGUCGCGAUGUGGCCGCUCGAGCCGGCGGACGUCGAAAGCGUAGAAUGCCGGGAGGCGAGAGGGAGGGCGGAUGCCAGAGGAGAGAGGGUUCGCUUCGGAGGACGGAGAAUCUCGACCCGCGACGGAGAUGGCUCACGGGGCGAGACCUCGCAGUGGGCCCGGGCGGAGCAUUGAGCACCAACAACCGGGUCGCCAACGGUCCCGACAUGGCCAUGGGAACCCGGAUGGGGACUGUCAUAGGCGAGACGGGGAGACCCCACCAGGUCACGUGUCCAACUCGUCCCCGCCCCCGCGACGACGCGAAUCUCUAGCGCCGGUGGCUGCCCCACCACCCGCGACGGCGCGAGACACAGGAGAAAAGUACAGGCACAGUGAAAGCGCUGCGGGUGCGACGCCAGUGUGACGUCCCUGCGGGGGCGGGCCGGGCCGGAGAGGGGCGCGGCCUAGCCUGAUGCCGAGGAGCUCCCGAUGCUGCGAUGCUCGAUUGGUUCCAGUUGUUGUCGAAUGUGAGGGAGGGAGGAGCGUCGCUGUCGCUGUCGCUCGUGCUGUUCCUUCUUGUUGUUGGUAUUAUGUUGUAUAGUCUACGCAUGUCCGAGUCUGUCUUAAGUCGCUUGAGCCGACGAGGCCCAACAAGGGAGAGCAGACGAGAUGAGACCGGAGGAUUGGUAGAGUAGACUGGUAGGCAGGCCGAGAGAGAACGCAGAGGGAAGGACGGACGUAAGGAAGGAAGGAAGGAAGGAAGGAAGACGCGGUAGGGAGAGAAGGGAAGAGAGAGAGAGAGAGAGAUGGAGGAGAGUAGGGAGAGGUGGAGGAGGGUGAGGUGAAGGGACGGGACCGGAGUGUGGUGUGGUGGGCUGGUGCAUUGCAUCUUCUUCUCCUGGCCGUCUGUCUGUCUGUCUGGGGAGGGGAGUUGCGCAAUUGGGUAGCAAUAUUAUAUUGUUAAGUAACAUUAUUUUGCUUUCCCACUUGGCCAUGUUGUUGAGGCGCUGUUCGAGGUGACAAAAAUCUUUCUAGUCUCUUUCAUUCGACUGAGAGAGAAGCAGACAGGCAGACAGUGCGAAAGAGAGAAAGAAGCAAGCAAGCGAGUGACGGAGGGAGGGAGGGUGAGAGAGAGAGAGAGAGAAGGACGAAGUCGAAGUGUAGUAGUAGGGGGAAGGAGGGUCUGGCUUGUUUGCUGGUUGCUGCCGCAGGCGCAAUUGCCCGCACUGCAAGCUCUCGGACUGCUAGUAGAGAGGAAGUCGCUCGGAGCCCAAAGCGAGAGAGGGAGAGACGGGGAGAGAGAGAGAGAGAGAGAGAGAGAUAGUGAGUGUGUUUGUGUGUGUCUAGUGCAUUAGUAGGAAGAAGAGGAGGAAGAGGAGGAGGAGGAGAAGGGGAUUGCGCUGAGCUGACCUGCCGGGCUUCGCUGGUUUGGUUGGUAAGGCGAGAAACAGGGCGUGUGCUUUACGGGCAGAUUGAGCAGAGGAGGAGGAGGUUUGCGAGAAACAUGUAAAGUGGAAGGAUAUUCAACAGUCAAGGAUUUUGAAGAGUGAGUGCGGCCUGACGCAGGCGGACGGAGGGAGGAAAGUCAAACAGGCAGAUCAGGAUUCGGGAAAAAAAUUUCCUGUUGCGGAUCGGCGUGGCUUGUAACGGGGACGCUGGACAUGGACGUUUUGUGGAGAGUCGGACAUGGAGUUGUGUUCUAACACGCCGGAAUUGUCAGGCGCUUGGAAUGCAAGUCUAUGGAAUCGAGAGAGUCCAGUAUUGGCCAGAUCCACCAGUUUCGAAAGACUUUCACAUCUCUGACCCUGAACUCUGAGCUGAGAAAAGAGUUUCUAUACUAUUGGGGCUUGGGAAUGCCGGGCUAGGAUAAUUUGAGCCUACCUGUUUUAAUCAUCCGGACUUGUCCUUGAUCAACAACUUAAGGGUCCGAGGCGAUUACAAAGAUCUUUCAUGGUUAGUUAUUAUACAUGUGUGUCGGUGCUGCUAUUAGUAUGUCUCACAAUAAUGCUUUUGGUUCUUCCCCUGAUUCUGCCGCCCUUACCGCCACCGCCACCAAUUCUCAUGCUCUUACCCGUCGUUAUCUUCAUCCUGCUCAUGUUGAUCGCCUUCGUUCCUUCGUCAGUUAACACGGUUGUGGUCUCCUAUAUCUAGAUCAUGCAACUCCCAGAGAUGCAACGAGUAACGUCAGGGACAUCUGUAGAAUCAAAUGUGGAAGGAGCUUAGACAAAUGCCUAUCUCAUGAUAUCAUUGUUUGACAUAUUCAACUCCGGAAGAAAUUCCAAUAUUGAUGAGACGCAUCAACAGUCCUGGAGAUCUGGUUUUCAAGAUUAGACAAGUCUUGGUGCUGGUGCUUGAGAAAGAUCGAUCAGCUGUUGCUCACAACUAUCCUGUAUCAACGAUGAAUUGCGUAGUCAGUACUCUUGAUAUGAUUGUAGAAGAGCCGUGUAAUUGAGAGCAAGACAGUAAAAGAUCACGAAAAGACUUGGCUGCUAUUGUUCACCAGGAACUCUUCUCGCUCCUCUUAAAAGGUCGCGAUUAUGAUCCGCAAAGGAGUCGAGUAUGUGCCUACUUUUACAUGAAAAGAUUACAUUGAUACGGAGUCUAAAGGGGUUUCC